AUGGCUCCUCCAAAGAAGGCUCUCAUCGCCAUCACAUCCGCUCACGCCCCUCUGUACGAGGGAGGCAAAGAGACUGGACUCUUUAUUACCGAAGCCCUCCAUCCCUUCAAUGUCUUCAAGGAAGCAGGCUUCGAGACUGAUCUGGUCUCUGAAACGGGCACCUGUCAACCCGACUGGCUCUCAACCACCAAAGACUGGCUGCCGGAAAAGGACCGUGAGGUUUGGGAGGAUCACGAUAGCGAGUUCCGAUCCAAGGUUGACAAAUUGUUGAGACCCAGCGAUAUUCAUGCUGAAGAUUACGGCUUAUUCUUCGCCUCGGCUGGUCACGCGUCUUUGAUUGACUACCCGGAAGCCUCGGGUCUUCAAUCGAUUGCAUCCAAGAUCUACGUCGAUGGAGGUAUUGUAUGCGCUGUCUGUCACGGCGGUGCCAUCUUCCCCAACACCAUUGACCCUCGAACUGGAAAGUCCAUCAUCGCCGGCAAGAAAGUGACAGGUUUCACCACCAAGGGCGAGGAGGAAGAGGGUGUCCUGGACACCAUCAAGAGCUGGCAUAGACCCACCAUCGAGGCUGCUGCGGCAGAUGCCGGUGCCACUUACAUAUCUCCUCCAGGUCCCUGGGAUGCCUUCACCCACACUGAUGGUCAUAUCGUGACGGGUGCGAACCCUGCGAGCGCCCAUGUCACAGCCGAGGCUGCCGUCAAGGCUUUUAAUACACUGUAG